AUGGCGGCGCCACCUCCACCGGGCCUGCGCGCCGGGCAGGCCGAAUGGAUCGAGGUCCCCAGGGCCGAGAAGCGAAGAGGAGGAAAAGGACCCCAGGCUCGUGCAGGUGUUACAUGCCCCACCCCGACGUCUGUUGAACAUGCUGACAUCCAUGUCAGGAGCUACACUUUGCACUCCAGGGAGCGGUACGUCUGCAGCUCUGGUUUCAAGCGUAAAGCCGGCACGUCCAGCCUGAUCGAGUGUGUGCAUAACAAGACCACGAAUGCUGCCCACUGGACAGCUCCCAAUCUCAAGUGCAUCAGAGACCCCUCCCUGACUCGCCAAAGGCCAGUGCCACCCUCCACAGUAGAGACGGCAGGGGUGACCCCACAGCCAGAGAGCCUCUCCCCUUCUGGAAAAGAGCCAGCAGCUGCAUCUCCCAGGUCAGACAUCACAGUGACCACAGAGACAGCUGCUGCACCAGGCUCCCAGCUGAUGCCAUCAGAACCACCUUCCUCAGGGACUACUCAGAUAGGUGGCCGUGAGUCCUCCAAAGGCCCACCUCAGACAACAGCAGAGACCUUGGGACUCACACCCUCUGCCUCCUCUGAGACACCAGGUGCUUCUCCAUUCGGCUCCAGGGAGGCCACUGUGGUCAUCUCCGCGUCCGUCCUGCUCUGUGCAGUGUGUGCUGCGUCUUUCCUGGCAUGUUACACCAGGACAAGCUCUCACUCCAAGGAGCUCAAACUGCUUACCUUAAAAUGGCCCCAAAAGUUGCUUCUCAGGAGGGAGAUUCUAUUAGCCACGGGAGAAGGUGCUGAGCCGGACACUCGGCUCUGGAGGGGGCAAACUUUCCAGCUGCCCAGUGUUGAAAUGGAAAACAUGGAAGUUGUGCCAAUGACUGGGAGGACCAGCAACGGACAGGAUGACACCGAGAACUGCUCACACAACCUCUGAAACUCAGGGGAAACCAGCCCAGUCACAUGUGGAGCAAAGGAGCUAGCUCUGCUUCAGCUAACGAGAAUCUAGAAAAGAUGGGAGGAGUUGAGUGCCAGGAGAAAGCCCACCAGGAUGAUCAGAUGUCCCUGGUGUGAUCUUGCUGGCUGUGCUGGCCUGGACACUGUGCUGGCUCUGUAGGAGCGAGUGGAUUCUCCAACAUCCGAUGGAUGCUGCCGUGCUCACAUCCAGGGCCGCUACCCAAAGUCCAAGCAGCCAAAGCUCUCCCAGGAGAGGCUAGAGGCUGCAAUCAGGGUUUUUGCUCCUGUUUCACUAUGACGUUAUUCAGGACAGCUUGUCGGCUUGACUGUCAUUUCCAUCCCUCAUCCUGACUUGCAAUUUACACAGACAAGGGAGCCGAGAAAGGCAGAAGAGAUGCUGAGCCCAAUGAAUCCUCUCAAUUGAAGGAUUCAGAAAGAAGAAAGUGGAACUCAGUGACAUUUUAUGUGUAUAGUCAUAGGCAUUUAUAUUUAUACUUUUUGUCUAAUAUAUCUACCUUUUAUAUAUGAUUUGUAUUUUGAAAUUGUGCCUUGUAUAAACAAAAUAAAGCAUCUAUUUUC